AUGGGGGGCUGCUGCGGGGCCGCCUCAGUGGCAGGCACGGCCUCGCACAAUGGCACGGUCUCUUCCAUAUCAUCUCCACCACUGCCACGUCGCGGAAGUUGGCCGGGCUCCACAGGAAUCACGACCACGAACGAAAAAGCGGCGCGUAAGCGGAGUGGUGGGCUCGAGUUCGCGUCGUCGUUUCUGGCCAAGAUGCUAUCGCUGAAGGACCGAGGUGACACCGACAGCGCUUCUCUCCGCGGCACCACCGUGGAUGCCACCACCCAGGCCGCCCCCGCGCACGACCGGGACCUGUCCUUCAAAGCCACGCCACAUUACGGCGCCAACGGCAGAAGCCCUGGCCUGCUCCUGCCCGACCUGUUCUACAUCUCCGCUUCCUCGUCCUCCUCACUCUUCGUGAACGGCGACGUGGGCGACAACGCUGGGGACGGCAUUGGUGCCCGUCUUGAUGGUGAGGGGCAGAGCUCGCUGGUGGAGGUGAGCCAACCAACGCAGAGCUUAGCAGGUGAUAUGCACACGUACUCGGAGCUGGACUUGACGAGCGAGUGGGAGUCGCCCUCGUUCGACCGCACUGGCCGCCGGUCGGAGCGUCGGGGCCGCAGCGGGACGGACUGCAGCCGACUGCGUCAGUUGAUCAUCCGCGAGGCCGAGGUGCGCGCGUCGCUGACGGUCAUGUACAUGCAUCAGCAUCAGCGGUUUACGCUCAACCUCGCCAAGGAGCACUUCAUCGCAGUGCACAUUCGAAUGCAGCAGGAGUGCGAGUCGGAGUGGACGAUGCAGUGCAUCUGCUGGAUCAUUGCGGUGGAGCGUGUCAUGCGGGAAGCGCUGGCACGUGGGUGGUGGGCGGAGGGGGCUGCUCUAGUGCGCCGCGUCGGGUUUCUCAGGACGCCACCGCCACCACCACCACCACCACCACUGCCGUCGGCGUGCGACGACGCGAGGCCGGGCAUCACAGCCAUUCACCUACUGAAGCGUGAGGACAGCUUGCCUGACGUAUCGAACUUGUACACGGCCGCGGACAUGACCUUCAGCGCGGAGGCAGCGGAGGGCGACCCGUUGAGCAUGUGCAUCCUGCCCAUGCGCGCCUCUUCCUCCAUUGCCCUCUCCUCCCCACCGCUGCAGCAGCAGCUCUCGGUGCUUGGAUCGCGAUCCGCCUCUGCAGGAGUUUCUCGCGGUCUUCACUCGGCUCCUUGCGUUAGCGCACCAGAUGCCUCGUCUUCUGUGUCGUCGUCAACAUUGUCUCUCUACUCGCCUGUGCCGACGAAGCGCGUGGCCGCUGCGCAGCAGGCACAGAAGGGCAGGUUCGUGCGGGGGCGGAGCAUGGCUGUUACCGAGACGCUCCUGUGA